ACCGGAAAUGACUUUGUCACUGUGACAAGAAGAAGAAGUUCAGCGGAAAAAGUGGCAAAACAACAAACACAAAUCAUUGAAGACUUUUUUCAAUACAAUUUAAGAAUUAUUGUAUUACAUUGCAAAACGUCAUUUACCUUUUUAGCGCAUUACAGUUGCUCGCGAGCGGGGCGGCAUGUCGGUACACUUCGACGAGAGGAGUGGGCUGGUGCCCUGUCAGACAAGCUGGGGCUCAUGGAGCCAAACCAUGGAGGAGGUGUUCAUUGAAGUCAACGUGCCCCCCGGGACGUCGGCUAAAGAAGUCAAGUGUCAUUUGGGAGCAAGAGAUAUCGAGCUCAACCUCAAAGGGACAGAAAUAAUCAAGGGCAGAUUGUUCAGCACAACUGUGUCUGAUGAGGCUACGUGGACACUCGAGGAUAAAUCUCUCAUUCGAAUUGUGCUGAUGAAGACAAACAGAGAGGCAGGAAACUGUUGGUCGUCUUUGUUAGAGGGAGAAUACUGUGCCAAUGCUUGGGUCCAGGACCAGAUGCAGAGAAAGCUCACACUCGAGAGGUUCCAGCGAGAGAAUCCUGGAUUUGACUUCAGUGGCGCAGAGAUUUCAGGAAAUUUUGCUGGAGGUGGUCCAGACUUUUCCAGUUUACAAAAGUGACCUGCACAAAAACUCAUAUUGUGGAUGUCAGGUUGGCCUAAUGAUCGCUAUUGCUGGUAUUACAGCACACAGGACAUAUGGGUCUCAUAAUGUAAAGACUUUCAGUGUCAAUACACUGUGAAUAUCCCACCAGUCUCUUCCUGAUGGUGAACAAAUGAUUUGGCAGAACUUGGGCCCAUUAAGAAGCAGAGUAAUAGUUAUUUCCUUUUGACACAUUUGUGUUGAUUUUGAAACUACAAGAAUGCACUCAUUCAUUUUUCAAUAAAGUUUUAUUGAAAGGUACAAGUCAAAAUGUAGAUGGUGUAUUCAGUCCUUUUGAAUUAUUUUUGGUGGGAAUUUAAAGUGACACUUGUAAUACAACACAAAUAAACAGAAAAGGAACUGCAAUGCAAAUUCCAGAUCAUUUCUCCACUUUUCAGACCAAAAGGUACCAUUGUCUUCCAAACUGAAAAUCAGGAAGAACGUGGCACUUCACACUGUGCCAAUAAAUCUAUCAAAUGAUGAAAACGACUCAUCGGUAACCCCUGAUGACCAUUGUAUCAAUACCUUCAACUUG